CAGAUCACCAGAAAACAAGGCAAAGACUCAUUUAGGUUAAUUAGAGCUAAUUAAAUUAUCCACUUUAUUUUUUUGUCGGUGAAAACAAAUAAUCCAUUCAAAAAAGUUCAAAUCCGGAGUAAAAAUCAACUUUAAUAUUUCAAUUACAUAACAAGAACAGGAAUAGACGAAGAAAAGGAGAAAUGAAAAGAGUUUAUGGGUACGGAAAGAGAUUCAUAAAUUUAAGCAGAACAUCAAAUGCUCCGCCAUUUCAUGAUUUGUUCCACUGCAAUUCAUACUGCACAGACACCAUCAAUGCAAGGGUCAAUAUUUUCGAUCGCCACCUCAAACGCAAACAACGUGAUCGAGCUUCUUGGUUAAUGCGUGCUGAUGAUUCUUUUGUUAAUGCUGUUGCUGAUAAUCUUUUGGAUCGGUUAGAGGAUUGUAAGAAAAUAUUUCCAUCAGCAUUAUUUUUGGGCGGUUCAUUGAAUGCUGUAAGGCGUUCGUUACGCGGUCGUGGCUCCAUUGAAAAGCUUAUUAUGAUGGACACAUCCUACGACAUGAUAAAAUUGUGUAAAGAUGCAGAAUUUGAGUCAAAUGAAAAUAUAGAAACAUCCUAUAUUGUUGGUGAUGAAGAAUUUCUGCCUGUAAAAGAAAGCUCGUUAGAUUUGGUAAUAAGCUGCUUGGGACUUCACUGGACAAAUGACCUUCCUGGAGCCAUGAUUCAGUGUAAAUUGGCCUUGAAGCCAGAUGGCCUAUUUUUAGCAGCUAUUCUGGGUGGCGAAACCUUGAAGGAGCUGAGAAUAGCAUGCACUGCAGCUCAAAUCGAGCGGGAAGGAGGUAUCACUCCUCGAAUAUCACCAUUGGCACAAGUCCGUGAUGCAGGCAAUCUUUUGACCAGAGCAGGUUUCACCCUUCCAGGAGUUGAUGUUGAUGAAUAUGUAGUUAGGUAUAAAAGUGCUCUAGAGCUAAUAGAGCAUCUGCGUGCAAUGGGUGAAACUAAUGCUCUUCUACAAAGGAAUACUAUCCUAAAGCGAGAAACAGCACUGGCAGCCGCAGCAAUUUAUGAUUCAAUGUUUGCUGCCGAAGAUGGCUCGGUACCUGCAACAUUCCAGGUUAUAUACAUGACGGGGUGGAGGGAACAUCCGUCUCAGCAGAAAGCGAAAAGAAGGGGUUCUGGCAAUAUAUCAUUCUCGGACAUCCAGAAACAAUUCGGCUAAUACCGUCACAUAUUUGGAAAAUUAGAUCAGUAACAGUCUGGAGUGUCAGAAGCAUCUUGCAUCCUGUCAUGUUCUUUCUCCAGAUUAUUAGCUUUAAUGUUGUUUAAGUUGGUGAAAAGAGAGGAUUCAGUAAAUACGGACCAGAUAAAAAAAGGGAGGCAAUUUUUAGCAAUUUUAAACUUUAAGCAAUUUUUCACUAAAUAAAUGCUGAUAUGCACAAUAAAAUGUAGAUUAUUUUAGUAUUCA